AUGAAUAUAAGACAACAAUUUGUACAGACAAAACUGAUACAGCAGAUUGUAAACAAUGCUUUGAAAGUUUUUAAACAAACCGAGGCUAAAGGUUGUCUGUCUUUACGCUUUACGGAAAAUACGGAAUUAAAAUCUUUAAUCAUUGCGUCAACAUCUUUAGGGUCUGUAGAGAAGACAACAGAAAACAACAGUCUGGUUGGAUUAAAGUUGUAUAAAGUAAGUUCACAGAAAGAGAUUAAAAUCAAAAUGAAAAAUGACCGUACACAAUGCUACAUUUGUGAUGUAUGUCAGCUUCCAGACGGUACAAUCAUACUGGCUGAUUAUCAUAAUAUGAGGAUAAAGAGACUUGAUAUGAAUUGUAACAUUAAAGAUUGUUUGGAUCUAGAAUCAAAAUCUAGAGGCAUCUGUUGUACUGGUAAUACUGAGGUCGCAGUGAAACUGAACAACAACGAAGUUUGGUUUAUAUCAGUAGGAAACUCAUUAUCUAAGGUGAGAGAUAUAUCUGUUAUAGGUGGAGGUAACUGGGGAAUGACAUAUUGUGCUGGAGAGUUGUGGGUAUCUGAUGGAAAUGGUGUUAAUGUAUACAAUAUGACUGGUACAUUUAUGAAGUCUGUCAGUAAUAAUGUCAAUGGUCAAUGCAAAAUUAAAUCAACUGCACAACAAAUGGCUGUCAGUGGAGAUACUGUUAUUGUAGCAGAUUAUAGUGAUGGUGCUGUCUGUCUUAACAGAGAUGGUACUGUGAAGAGAGAACUGAGAGAUAAAAGACUUGACGCCACACGAGGUGUAUGUGUAGCCAAUGACGGAACCGUGUUUAUUUCUGGAUAUUACUCAAACAACAUCAUGAUGUUUGAUAGAGAUGGUAAAUGUCUGGGAGAAUUGGUGGGUAAAGAUGCUGGUUUGGUUAAUCCAAUAUCAUUGUUGUAUGAUGACAAUAGAAACUGUUUAAUUGUUGCAUGCUGGCCGGACAAGAUCAUAGUUUAUAAUACAUAA